AGUGUUGCAAGAAACGGGCACAUUUGACCACCUCUGUCUGUAUUAAUGCUGUGGUUUAUGAGUCGAACUGAACUUGGAUACGCACUGGAGGAAGAAAGCAGCCUCCGUUAGGAAUACUAAAAGAGGAAUCUGAACACAGCUGCUGGUUACUGGUUCUAUUUCUUUCUAAAUGACUGAAUCCUCUCGCAUGGAUUAUGCCAUGAAGUCUCUAAGCCUUUUGACUCCAUCCUCCCUGUCAAAGGUUGUGACAUCGAGUGUCUCAGCCAGCGCCUCGGUUACCUCCCAGCUUCUCUCUGGCCGAAAUACUCGACCAAAGCCCUUCAGGGUAACCAAUGCAGACCGCAGUUUGAAGAAGGGGAUAAUGGCAGAUGCUCUGCUGGACCUAAUGAAUAAGGUCAGUGACUCUUUCAGUGUACAGUGUAUCAGCGCGUUGGUUCUGGAUGAGGAUGGCACCGGUGUAGAAACUGAGGAGUUCUUCCAAACACUGGAAGAAAACACAGUUCUGAUGGUCCUGGAAAAGGGACAGAAGUGGGCUCUACAUCCUAACAGCCCCUCCAGGCUCAGGUCCAUUGAGCGCCACCAGCAUCACCGCACUGAUGUGGCAAAGCUGACCUUUGACCUCUACAAAAACAAUCCUAAAGAUUUCAUAGGCUGCCUGAAUGUGAAGGCAACACUGUAUGGUGCUUACACUGUGUCCUAUGACCUGCGAUGCUAUGCAGCCAAAAAGAUGCUCAAGGAGGCUCUUCGAUGGACCAUCUUCUCCAUGCAGGCCACAGGCCACAUUCUGCUGGGCUCCUCCUGCUACAUCGAGCAGCUGCUGGAGGAAGAGGAGCAGGCUGAGAAGAGACUGGCAUUGCCACAGGAGAGCAGGAUCAGGCAGCUCCAGAGCAGGCUGCUGGGGAAGAUCUCCUACUGAUUCAGAAGACGGAAGUAAUGCUAUCUCCUAGAUUUAGCUCCCAGUGUAGAUUUCCUACAUUGAACACAUAAGGCAGUUUGUUGCUGGCUACUAUAAUGUGUCGUACAUUUAAAACUUUUCUUUUUGCUGUUAUGGUUUGUUUGAAUGUUGAUGGGUCGUUCCUAAGAAUGCACUUUUUCUUACUGCUAUGUAACUUGCUCCCAAGGAAACCUAAUAAAUAAAAGCACCUUGUUUUAUUCCUCUGUGCCUGAUAGUCAAGCUCUGAACAAAGUAAAUCUCAAGCGAGUUUUGCCGUGCUCUGGGAGCCCAUUAAUCUGGCUUUAUAUGUGGUUCCAGAUCAUAGUCACUGUAAUUGGCAACAGGUUCAGCUGUCUCUCCCACGCUUCCCUAAUUGUCGUCUGGUCUAUACCGUCCUGUCAGCUGCCAUCGGAAGAAGAGGACUGAGGAAUACUGGGAAGGUCCAGCAGCUGCAGGAGCGUGGGGGAUGGUUACAAGCCAUUAAAUGGAAAGAUGCUAGUUACAGCUGGAGGCAGAAGUGCUAGUUUUGCAGGAAGGUAACAGAAGAAGCAGGACAGAUUUGAACAAAAUUGGGUUUCUGUCUUGAAGAAGACAAGUCAGAUUAAUUAGCAUUUGUGUAAAUGUGGCUCAUUUCACCAAUGCUUUUUUUUUUUUCUUCUAUUGUGAUGGAGAACUGAGUGAAUUGAUGUAAACUGUAAUAAAUGGUAUAACCUGUGUUUCAUAAACGUUAAAGAUGGCAUGCCUUUCAUUUA